AGCUUUGCCGACCGGUUUGGCAGUAGCCCGCCACACACGCGAGUGCUUCGGUGCGCGCCACACACUCAGACUUCAGCAUUGCAACUUCUGCAGCCCGCAACACCACCGGCAGUUCACUAGGCGAGGAACGGUAGCUCAGAGCAAUGCCCGAGGAAGAGAACACAAUUCACGUUUACAAGUUUGGCGAACGUUUCUCCGGCACCAAGACGAAGACCGGCGAACCUCAGGAUUACGAGGUCCUGCUGAAGCGAUGCCUGAAGCGCCAGGAACUCUUCGAAGACCACGAGUUUCCAUGCGUGAGGGAGACCGCCUGGGGCACCAAAGAUCCUGAUUUUGAAAUCGUCUGGAAACGGCCUUGGGAGAUAUGCGAGAACCCGGACUUCCUGAACGAAACUUUCAGUCGCUUCGAUGUCCAGCAAGGUGGACUCGGUAACUGCUGGGUGCUAGCAUCCAUGGCCACUUUGACUCUGCACCAAGAUCUAUUCAAGAACGUGGUGCCCGAGGGCCAGAGCUUCGAGAAGGACAAGUACGCCGGCAUCUUCCACUUCCGCCUUUGGAAGGCCAACCGUUGGAUCGACAUUGUGGUCGACGACAGGCUUCCCUACAGGGAGGACGAAAAGUCUUUGGCCUUCGUAUCUUCCAGCGCUAGAAACGAGUUCUGGAGCGCCCUCCUGGAGAAGGCCUACGCCAAGCUUCACGGUGGUUACGCUGCCCUCGUCGGAGGCAGCGGCAACGAAGGCCUGGGCACUUUCACGGGGGGCAUCACGGAGCAGCUGAUCCUGGAGCGUCCGCCCAAGAACUUGUUCCAGGUCAUUCAGAAGGCCCUGGAAAGGAAAUCGCUCGUCACGUGUUCCAUCAUCGAAUCAGAGAAGGGCAAAAAAGGACUACAUGCUUUUCAUGAGUACAGCGUCACCGGUGCCACACAGGUGCCAGUGGAGGGACGGCAGGAGCGACUUAUUCGAAUCAGAAACCCAUGGGGAAGCGGAGAAUGGAGAGGCGCUUGGUCUGACAGUUCAAAGAAGUGGAACAAAGUCAGCGAAGAAAAGCGGCAGGAGCUGGGACUCGUGGUCAAAGACGAUGGAGAGUUCUGGAUUUCGGAAGAGGACUUCGUCAAGUAUUUCCAGAUGCUUGACUUUUGCCACUUGGAUCCUGGUUCAACGACGGGUGAACUGAAAGAAUCCGCUUCGGAGAAGCAGUGGGAGGUUGCGAAGUUUGAAGGCUCCUGGGUGCCCGGGACAAGUGCCGGCGGCGCCGACGACAAGUCGGAGAAGUUCGCCACAAAUCCGCAGUACAUGAUCACCCUUCACGAGCCGGACGAUGAGGACGAAGACGGAGAGUGCACCGUCAUCGUGGCCCUGAUGCAGAAAAACCGUCGCGUAUUCCAGGUCCACGACGACAUGUGGCUAAACAUCGCCUUCGCUCUCUACGAGGUCGAAGACCCUGACAACUGCCCGGCGCCCUUGACCCUCGAGUAUCUGGCAGAUUAUCGAGAAGUUGGCCAAUGCGAACGAGUUAGCGCUUCCCGCGAAGUCACGAGUCGGUUCCGGCUGCUGCCGGGCACCUUCUGCGUCAUCCCGUGCACGGCGGAAGCCGACCAGGCGGGAGACUUCCUUCUGAGGAUCUACACGGAAAAGAAGUGCCAGUGCAGAGAGCACGAUGAAGCGGCUGCCAUCAUCACAAAGCCUGACGAGGACAAAAAGAAAGAUGAAAGCAAAGUCAAUCCGGACAAAGCUGCCGGAGACGGCGAAAACGAGGUCAACGGUGACGAAAAAGACGGCGACGCGAAAGACGGCGAAGACGGUGGCGAUGACAGCGAUGAAGAGAUCGAUCAGAGCCUGAAGGACGCCUUCAACGAAGUGGCCUCCGAAGACGGCACCGUCUGCUGCAACACACUUAAGACUUUGCUCAAGAACGUGUCCGAGCAGAAUGGUGGUCCUCUGGAUUUCUCAUUGGACAUAUGCCGAAGCAUGGUGGCCCUCAUUGAUGACGACUACACCGGGACGUUGACCCUGGAAGAGUUUGCUGUGCUUCACAAACACAUCAAGCAAUGGAAGGAGGCUUUUAAAUCUUACGACAAGGGUUCGACUGGAUAUCUCAGCACGUAUGCAUUAAGGAACGCUCUUCGGUCCGCAGGCUACGUCGUCAAUCAGCACGUGCUGAAGGCCCUCGUUCUGCGUUACGGCCAUGACCGCAAGAUCAGCCUGGUAGAUUUCAUCGGCUGCGCCGUCAAGCUCAUGUGCAUGAUCGACAUUUACGAAGCCUGGGACCCGGAAAACGAGAACUGCGUGACCGUUAGUCGAAAUGAGUGGCUUAAAUACACGAUGUACUGCUGAGUGUCCGCUCCGGUGUGUUCAACUCGGAACAGAGUGUCGGAACUGCAACUGUCGCUUUCUCGCUUGUGGUGCUGCAUUAACAUCGUCGUCAAAUAAAAGGCACUUACUUUUGA